GAGCAUGCUUCACAUUCUUACCGGUCAAAAGCAGCCAAUCACAGUUUUGGCCAGAUUGAGCCAUUGCAUAACGUUGCAGUCCAGACAUGAUAGUUCCUCGCAAUUUUAUUAAUUUUCUACAGAAUGGAGAAAACAGAACCAUGCACAUUAAUUCAAAGAGCGAUAAAAGAAGCCAAAAGUUAGUUACAAGGAAAGACCGUCCUCUUUUCCAACGAAAACAAUUGCACUAAAGUGACGGAAGAUGAAGUUGUCAUAGAUGAAAGAAUGAAGAGCAAUCACGAAGAAGCAUAUACAAAGCUGAUUGCUUUAGUGAAAGCAGCAAACCUAAGGAAUGGGGAUUCUGUCAGAUCACCUUCCUUCCGGGGAUAUCAAUGUCCUAUCCCUCUUUGUUGACCUUGAUUUUGCGGGAAUUCAAGUAUUGAUUGAUAACGGAACAGGUCUAAAUAGGAAAAUUGUAAUUAUAGCAUCUUCAACACUGUGACAUUAAGAAACGAGGAGAGCACUAAUCGGUCUUCUUGCUUUUUCAGGAAAAGACUAUGUUUCUAUUUUUUUGAAAAGGGAAAAUAGCUUUUUAGAGACAAAUGGCAAAAAGAUAGAUUACCUAAAUAUAUUUACGAAUCUGGGGACCACGCUUCAAGUACCCGAAAAAGUUGAGAAGGGAUUGGAAAAGUUUAUAUACGUAUUUUAUGGAAACGAAAGGAUGCAAAUGGUAAACGACGUGAGGAAGAAAUGUUUUUGCAGAGUUUACGAAUGAAAAGAAAGUAACCGAUUUAAGCUUGCUGCCACCUUGAAUUUAAAGCUCAGAAUGGAUGGGAUGAAAGCUGAUCAGUUGUUUGGAGUGAUGUAUGCUACCCAGCUGAUGUCGCAGAGCUGCUGAAUAACGAAAUUGUGUCUACCGAUGAUAACGACAGGGCAAGUCUAAUUGACGGCAAUGGUAGAGAAAACGAUUUUAAUGAAGAUAUCAUUGAUUUGUACAAUGCGUCAUCAUAAUAAAUUCACAAAAUAUACAUUUUCUAUACAUAGAUUGGAGGAAACUGGUUUGAUAGAUUGAUGGAUGAUUUAUAGUGUAGUUGAAUUUUAUAGCGGCUAAUGCUCAAAAGUGUUUUUUGAAUACGAGACUUUGUUAUGAAUUGGAGCCAAAAAGACCCCCAAAAGACCUUAAAACAUUAUUUUUAGAAUCAGUACACCGUAAUUACCCUAUUGCGCUAAAUUUGGAAAACUUUCUUUAUUGGGAGGAAUCUUAUCAAGCCGCUUCUCUCCUUUUGCGUGAAAACGAGAUUUAAACAAGGAAUUGAGGCCAAAGGCCUCCUUAUACGUACUUAAAAUAUCGAAUUUUGGAAUCAGCAUUCUAAAAUUAUCUAGAUCCAAUGAAUUUUAGAUACUUCACCGAAGGGUUGAUCCUUAAAAAGCAACUUGCUCUAUUUUGAUUGAAAACGAGACUUUGGUAUGAAAUAGAGGCUGAAGGCCCCCCAACUUCCCCGUAUAACAUAGAUUUUCGUAAUCAGCACCCCAAAAUUACUCAAACCCACCUAAUUAGAAUUACUUCCCCGAGGGGGGACCCUACCCCCAUUCUCCGCCUGGUCUAUUCCAUCCUCAUCAGGUUAGCAGGGGGUGAAGCAGCGAUUGUCAAUUGCCACUGUAAACAAUUCCAUAGGUCAACUUUGAUUCCUAUUGUUUGGCUGAACUGCUGCAGAGGCAAGCUCGGCUUCUGAUUUGCUUAAUCAAAUCUCACCUAUGCUCCAGCCAAAGAUUGCAGAGGUUAAGUACACUCUGAUUGGCUCACAAGACGUUUGCAGAGGUCAAGAAAGUGGUGAUUGUCUCUCGAGGGACAAACACGUUUCUGGAUUCAGAAAAUACAGACCAGAUAAAUGCCUAGAAUUGUGCAGGCAUUACUAUUCGACUAUUCUGUGCAGGGGUCGAAAGGCAGUCAGCAAAGUAUAUGCCCUGCUGUUUUCUGCAUGUUGUUGUUAUCAACGGUGGCAGAUCUAGGGCGGACAUUGCUGAAGAAUUUUGAUAGUUUCUAUUUUAUUUUGUUGUCAUGAAAGUCUGACUUAUGCUUUUGCAUAGGCUGCUGUAGUCUGGAUCCGCCUCUGGUUAAAUGCUCAGACUUCAUUAUUUUUCGAUAUGAUCAGCAUUUUUGGCUUGGCUUCACAAUUUCUGUUGAUAAAAUCUAUGAUGAUGUGGAAGUGAAGUUUAUGCACCCAGCCUUUCCCUCUAUGUCAUUUACAUGGCCACAAAAGGAAGAUAUAUGCUUUGUACCAAAGCCUUAUAUCCUAUGCAUUGUCAAAGCUCCCAUAACAACAACUGGAAGAAGCUACAAAUUAAAUAAAUCUGAUAUGGAAAAAGUUCAUGAUGAAAUAAAAAAGCAAGAAACAAUAUAAAAACUUUGAAUCUAAAAGUAUAUUUUCUUAUAAACUGGUAGUUAUUAGUAUGAAUUAAUGUUAAAUCUAAGACAUCUAUCAGGCCUGUUCCAUUAUUAGCUGUUGACAGCUGGACAGCUGAUAUCAGAAUUCAACAUACAAUAAUUUCAAUAUAAGAAAGAGUACCAUCCAGAUUUUCUAAUAUUUCGUUCUACAUACUUUGAACUAUUUUCACUCUAAAUUUCAUGCUCAUAGGAUAGGUCCUACCAAAGAUACAAGAGCUUUUCUAACCCCGUUUGGGGUUAGUUUUCAGGGUGGAGAAAUUGAUACUUCAUCAAAUUUAAAUGUUUUCUUAUAUUUCACACGAGUCAAAGUAUUAAAUGUUUAAUUUGUAGACAAUUUUGCCGUAUUGGAAGUAUUACCAAUUCUAUUAAGCAUUUUCUAAGUGUUGUGCUUUUUGAAAAUAUCCAAGAUGGCUGCCGGCUUCUAUUUUUAGCACAAUUUUGAAAAAAUUUAAUUGUUCAUAACUCGGAAAUGAAAUAAAAUUUUUGAAAAAAAUUUGGUAGGUAAGUUCUUCUCAAGAACUGCUACUUUCCUGCAAAAAAUCAGCCAAUUCUAAGACUAUGGGUGUCAAGAUGUAUGGAAUGCUGUUGAUUUGAGAUGGAAUGACCCUAUCAUCACUUUGAAGAAUGCCGAGAUAUCUGCUCCAUCUGGUAAAGCUAUGCCUGAAUAUUUCACAAUAUGACCUCUUAUCAGCUUAACCAUUUGAGCAUUUUUGGAUGCCGAAUUCCAUACCGAUAUUUUUACUAAAGAUACUCACCGUCUGUACAAGUGUGUCAAGCUCUUUUGCAUUUUUUGCGCAUAGCUUCAGAUCAUCCAUAAAUAGAAGAUGAUUUAUCUUGCCACAGUCUUUUCCAAGCUUAUAUCCAUCUUCCAUUCCAUUCAAGAAUGCAGAUAAUGUUAUCAAACAUAGAACAAACAAGAUUGGAGAUAAACUGUCUCCCUGAAAAAUUCCUCUCCUAAUAUUCACUAUUCCUAAUCCAUCUGUACCAGAUGUUAACUCUACCUUCCACGAAUUUAUAGAAUUUGCUAUCAGUCGCCCCACGCUUUCAAAUUUCAGGCCCAUAUCAUUUGAGUCAAUACCACUAAAAAUAUUUACUUUUUGCUUGCGUGACUUCAUGUUUGAUUUUCUUAAAAUACAUGGCUAUAUUGAAGAUCAAAUUAAAAAAGGGUGGCGAAUACAGGGCUUCAUCAGAGCAAAAGUUAACGGGCUAAAAAUUUUACAUAUUUAAGAAAGGCGAUGGUGGUGCCGGAUUGGCUGAUGUGGAAUGGUGUGGAUGCAGCGCAGUGGUAGAGGAGGGAAGGGUGGCGAAUGAGAGAGGGUGAGUGGUGGUGGUGGCAUGAAGACGUAAUGGGGAUGAAGUACUGUAAUAUGAAAUAAUGAUGGUGUUGCUAUAAGGUUAACGGUCAGUAGUUCUCUUCAUGCCGUCGGUGUUAGAGUGUUUGCCAGGCCAAUGAGGUAUUGCUUUUUGGCUCGUCGUACGCUCUCUCGUUUGUCGUUGAGUUUCAGUAAUGGUGUUACAGUAAGGUCAUUGAUGGUAUGUUCUGGGCUACAGAAGUGUUCUGCAACACCAGAUUUGUCUACUUUUUUGUUGAUAAUGUCUCGUCUGUGUUCGUCAAGAAAAAAGUCAUUGAGGAUAGCAGAAAUGGAGCAUAGUUUGUUGAGGAAGUGUGAGGGUGGCCACCCUACAGAACACAUAUCAGAGUACGUCAGUGACAUCCUUAACCCACUGGUCCCCAAACUUCCAUCCUACAUCAAAGACACCACACACUUCCUCAACAAACUAUGCUCCAUUUCUGCUAUCCCCAAAUGACUCUCUUCUUGUUACCCUCGAUGUAUCAUCCCUUUACACCAACAUUUCUCACACAGAAGGUAUCAAAGCUGCCUGGAUACACCUCAACAAACGCACAUUAAAAACUCCUCCAACUGAAACUUUGUGACCUUGUCAACAUUAUUUUGACAAACAACAAUUUUGAGUUUAAAGCCCCGUUCAAAUGCUCUCGACUUUUCACUCGACUACUCUAGAUUUUUGUCGAGAGUAAAAGUCGAGAGCGUUUGAACACCUUGUUAAGAGCAGUCGAGCGAAGUCGAGAGCAGUCGAGAGCAGUCGAGCGAAGUUUGAACACAUUCAAAAAAGUUGAGCGGAGUCACACAACAUUCCUAUUGUUCAAGGUGUUGUUCAGCGUUGUCGAGAGCGUUUGAACACCUUGCUCAACAAAGUCGAGCGUGCGCAUGCGUUCUUCUGAUUUUCUGAUUUUGCCCGCCAAAACACAAAACAGCCAAGUUCGUAUUGUUGCAAUCGAAAUGGAGGACGAAUCAUUCACAGUUCACAGCAUUCCUUCUCUGCCUUCUCAAGAAUUCGGUUUAGGAGAAAGUGACAGUGAAAAUGGCGAUGACAGGCUGGAGGAUCUUGACGAAAGCGCAAAAACUGUCCUCCUCCAGCUGUUGAACAAAUCAAAACGAAAAAGGAAAGCCUCUUGCGAAAUCCGGAAGAAAUCAUCAAAGACUGAGUCGAAAGCGAAAAAAUGGACUCACGAAGAAAUAUCAAAACUUAUCGAACUGUAUGAAGAACGACAAUGUUUGUGGAUGGUGCAGGAUAAGUCUUAUCACAAUAAAGACAAACGUGAGAAGGCCCUGGCUGAAAUUGCAACAGAGUUGGAUGCAACCAAAGGGGAGGUUAAAGCUAAAAUUUUGAAUCUGAGGAGUCAACUUGGUCGCGAAAACACGAAAAUAAGAAAAACAACGUCAGGGCAAGGAACUGAUGCCCUAUAUAAAUCUAGCUGGAUUUAUUGGGAACACCUACAGUUCUUGCAAUCAUCUCUUCAGCCAGCAACAAGUAAAGAUUCCCUUAAAAUCCAAGAAUGUUCAUCUCCUUCAUCAGCUGAAGUAGAAUCUAAAAUUGAGGAGACUCCAAAAAGUAUAAUCAAAUCAUUCAGAAGAGUCACUGAGGAAAAGAAGCAGGAGCUUUUGUCAACAUGUAUCAAUGUACUCAAGGAACCUGCCAGCAAAGAGAAUGGGGAGAAACAGUGCCACUUUGCAAUGUAUAUUGCGGAAAAGCUUUCAAGCUUUAGCCCAAGGAACAGGGCAAUUGCAGAAAAACGAAUUCAAGAUAUCAUUUUUGAUAUAGAGAUGAAUUCUUACCAGCAAUCAGCAUCAAGUUUUCAACCUGGGUCAUUUGAGAACCAACAAAUUCAAAUGCAACCAACUAGUGACACUCAGAACCAUACCCAAGGACCUUACAUGACAAUGCUUAACUAGCUAUAUUUCUAUUUUGGACAAUAUAAUUUUACAUUGCUGUUCUUAAAUAUACAUGUCUAUGUUUUAGUUAUUUUUAAUGCAGAACUUUAAUUAAUAUAUCUUUAUAUCUAUAUAUGUAUAUAUAUAUAUUAUCUAUACUUUCAUCUCAAAACUUUAACAAGUUGAAGUUUUUUCUUUCUAUUUAUAAAUUUAUUUUGAAAUUUCUGUAUGUAGUUAGAUUGGCUAUUUGGUUUAGGCCAAAUGGGGUUAAAUUAUAUAUAUGGAUAUUUGUACUUAGCAUGCCCCCUGCCCCUUUAUCUAUAUAUGCAAAUACUCAGAAAAUCUUCUCAUCACAAUAUCACUUGCUCUCAAUUUUGAUAGAUAAUAAAUAUGAAUUAAUAGAAUCAGAAAAUAAAUAAGAGAACACAACAUGUAAGUGAUUUUGAAAAGUAGAGUUGUUUAUCACUAUCAUAUCUUGUU